GCAAAAACAUCGAUGAUACCUGAAGUGAAAACGAGUUUAUCACUGAAACGACCGAUAAAAGACCAGGAUAAAACAGUGGGGCAGAGCGCGACCGAGGGUGUGACGGGGGUGGAGCCGGCUGGGAUGUUGGAACAGGUACCGCCUCGGCCUCAGCUAGUCCCAAUACCGAUUAAAGCUGGGGUUAAAAGUAGUAUGAGUGCCGGUGCAGGUGCGGUUUCAAGUACUGGUGCUGGGCUUUCAAUGGCGCAAGACUCGGUACCGAAAAAUACAGCUACACCAGGGGCUGCAUCCGGAGUCCAACCAUCCUCAGCCACUGCGUUCUACGCAAGGCUCGUACCUAUACCUACCGCCACUAUACCUACCGUCACGAAGGGUACGAGUGCGGCAGAUGGUGCAAGCCCCGCUACGAACAACGGCAGACCAGAGUUGAAGGCUGCCGCUGAUAGUAUAGGCGGGGUCGUGCCUCAGGUGAACACAGCAGCACAAUUAACCAAACAAGCUGGCGGUAAAGAUUCUGAUAUGGUCAAGAAUAAGGAAACAGAUAAGGAUGCCGAUAGAGAGCACAAAUCAACUGAGGAUAGCAACCUACCCAGCAAAUUGGGUAAACCAGCACUCGAAGGCGCUACUGCUGUGCCGCUUCAUACAGUCAAGCCCACGUUACAAAGUACCUCUACAGUACUCAGCCAGUCAACUAAACCGGUACUCCAAGAUACUAUUGCGGGAUUAAAACAAACCACCGACUCCACGCACCCAGACGUUGCUUCACUCAGUCCCACAGUCAAAGCUCCACUCCAAGGCACUCCCAGUACCUCGAUGCAGACUGUCGAUUCUAAACGCUCCAGUGGUCUAUCAACCCAGACAGCCAAUCCUGCACUUCAUGGUAUGAUGGGUAGUACGCCACAAAGUGUGCCAGUGCCACACUCUUCUACAGGUUCGACACAGCAAGCCAGUAUGACUAAACCGCUACAAAGUAUGCCACACCCUCCCUCUAAAACGGUACAUCAAAGCGAUACGAGUGUGCCGAUACAGCCCCCGAGCGAUCCUCGGAUAAGGCAACCGCCCAGCGACCCGCGCAUACGACCCUCACAACUGGCAGGUGGCAUUGUACGCCAAACUCUCACUUCUGGUACCACGGGCAGCGCAGUGGCUAGAUACAACACUCUUCAAAACAGCACACCUGCGAGUAGUAUACAUGCAAGUAACAUAGGUGCUGCUGUGCCUUUAGCGAAGGUCCCAACGUCGUCUACGGCUAUUCCGCUAUCCGACCGGAGUGUGAAAGCGGUAUCGCCCGCAAAUGUUCGGGAUAGUUCUUCCCCAGCACCAGAUGCAAGUAUGACAAGCAACGCGGCACCAGUUACCAUAGCCGCUCCAGCAGACCCGAGACAAGGUGCAAGCUUACCAGCAAAUGCCGCUACAACAGCCAUUGCCCCCCCCGCAGAUCCCAGACAAGGUGGUUGGUCGUUUGAGAGUCGUGAACAGUCGUACUCGACCCCUGCAGAUCCCAGGCAAGGUGCUCAGGCCACAAAGGACCGAGACGGGGAUCUUUCGCUGCCGAAAGACUGGUCUUUAUCUGGGCCUCCCCUCCCCAAUGCUCUACCUCUCACACGCCCUGUUGUACGCAAACCCGUGUCACUGACAGGACCAUCUCCGCGCAAAGCGGUGGUUAUUGAAGGGUGUUCAACUGUAAAGGAUGUGUCGGUAACGUCUGUGGUGUUGCCUCCUUUGCCUCGUGCCAAGCCGUUGGUGAAGAAGGCGGCCCUACGGGUCGGUUCCCAAACAGGACCUAUUGACCCCAGAAAUGGCCCUCAAGACCCUAGGAAAGCACUGCCAGACUCUAGAAAUGGACCUCAAGAUCCUAGAAGGACAUCACUUGACCCUAGGAAUACACCUCAAGGUCCUAGGAAUGGGCCAAAUGACCCCAGGAAUGUUCAUCAGGAUCCUACAAAAGCACCGCAGGACCUAAAGAUUGGACCUAAAGAUCCCAGAAAUGGCCUUCAAGACCCCAGAAUAGGACCGCAUGACCCUAGAUUAGGACCACAAGAUCCUAGAAAGGCCUCGCAUGACCCAAAUCCACAAAAACCGCAACCGCCGGCUUUGGCGCCCACUCUCGCACAAACACGACCACAGUCAACGCGACCAAUACUUGUAUCAUCAGACAGCCCCACCACCACACCGCACACACCUGCCACACCGACUGGCUCUACAGCAGAGCACCCCAAUGUCACCGCAAGCCCAGCACACGUGGCUGGAAAGACGCCAGCAAGCACAGGCUCACCUGUGCCUGGCGCAGAGACCCAAACCACACAAACGCACACGAAGAUACACACACAGGCCACUGCGCCACUGUCUGCGAAGGCGUCGUUGCCUGUGGAUGGGGUGUCGUCGACCGGUGCUUUGGCACUUGUGAUGGGUGGCGAUGGAGUGGACAAGAAUCGAGCGGACAAGCCUGUAGAUGCAGCUGCCGUCAAGAUCACGCCUGUAACUGAUACUACUACUAGUGCUAGUCCUCUUGUGGCUGUUAACAAGGCUAUGCACUCUGAUACCAUGAAGGGUAGCGUUUCUGAUGCUCGCGUAGGAGCACCUGUCGGUCCAUCCGCCGCACCUGCAGUUCCGGCUGAUUCCAGCGGACAGAGCCACAGCCCGAGUGUGGCUACCGUAGUGGCGCGCACACCCUCGUCAUCACAACUACAGAUCGACACACACACGAAUUCGCUCGACCCUACCACCACACAGGCUAACGCUGGUACGACAACUCCAGCGCCGCAACCCCAACAACAACAACAACAACAACCACAACCACAACCACAUAUGAGAGCACGUCGGCGAAAUAGAGCCCCGCCAAGAAUGGUAUCUAUCGCUGGCCUUGAGAAUACGAUCACUGCGCGCGCCGCCUCACCUACAGCAUCAAGCACGGUGCCAGCUAUACCCAUCGUAACAGGUACAACCGCAGGCAAUGAUAUGCCCACUACAGUAAGUGCAACCGCAGAUCGUGCUACAACAACAACCACAAUAACAGGUACAACCACAGGCAAUGAUAUGCCCACUACAGUGAGUGCAACCGCAGAUCAUGCUACAGCAACAACCACAAUAACAGGUACAACCACAGGCAAUGAUAUGCCCACAACUAUGAGUGCAACCACAGAUCAUGCUACAACAACAACCACAAUAACAGGUACAACCACAGGCAAUGAUAUGCCCACUACAGUGAGUGCAACCGCAGAUCAUGCUACAACAACAACCACAAUAACAGGUACAACCACAGGCAAUGAUAUGCCCACAACUAUGAGUGCAACCGCAGAUCAUGCUACAACAACAACCACAAUAACAGGUACGGACGCAAGUGGCGCUUCCGCCACAGCCGCUAAGGACACAACAGCACCACUGGUAGGUUCAACCACCGCUACAUCCGCAAUAGCAGGCCUUGGCCCAAACAAUUCUACAGCCACAAUGUUAGGUACGACUGCAAGUGUCGCUAUAGCACCUGUAUCUGCCAUACGCGUAAGGGACGCUGCAACUACGGGAGAAGGCGCAAUUGGAACUACCGCUACUAUACCUACCUCUUCUGCAACCACAAGUAGUACUACAGGCGUAGAAACUGUUACAGGCGAUAGCGCAAACACUGAUACCACUACAACACCUGCUACCACCGCACACUCUGCUCAAGGCGCAAGCGCUCGAUUAGAUCUGGGUGCAGGUACCUCUACGGCGGAAGAGAAGGUGCCGGAUACACAAACACACACCAGCACGGUAACAGGCAACGGCAUGCAUGCGAGUGCAAGGGUACUGGAUAUGCCAACCAUAAGUGGGAAUGCAACACGCAAGCGGAGAUUUUCUGUCGUAGACUCGGCGAGUAAGGACCAAGCACACACAAAGACGAUACCCACAGCACAUGCAGCGACAGACAGUACCGGACAUCAGGCAACAGCGGAUGUGACUCAGGCUGAAGAAGUUGGUAAGGCAGCUGUUGAUACGGAUCCAGUAGAUGAUGCCGCCGUUUUUAAGGACAUUAUAUCUGGCACAAUGGAAUCGGCCGAAGACUCCGAAUCUGACGCACCCCCAGUGUGCGUACCGCUUUCACCCUCAAUGACGUCAGCGAAGAAAAUCCCGCCAUCUACAGAGGAAGAAAUUAAAGCUGCACGUGCUCGUAUAUUCGGCGAUUCGGUAAACAGAUAUCUUCGAAAGGUUUGUUGACGCUGGCAAAAGUGGUAGCUAUUAAAUCUGCGCGUGCAUUUAUG